UUAGCCCCGAUUUCCGGGCUCUGGUGUGGUCAAAGGGAGAAGUUGUCGGUCUGCUUUCUUCCAACUUCCUCAGCUGUGUAUUUGCUUUCUGAGAUCUACUUAAUAGGAUUAAUUUAAGAUUUACACGAGUUACUGCUUUAAAACAAGAAAAGAAAGGGCAAAUGAAAUGCGGAGAAAACGAGAAAGAAAAAAUAAAAUGCGCAUUGAUUCAGACUAUUUUAAAGGAGAGCACCUGAGUCUGGACGUUUUAAAAACGAUGACGUCACUCUGCCACCACCGAUACCUGUUCGAAGAUAUGCCGCCGUAUCCCAAAGCGGAAUUCCACAUCGCUAACAUUUCUCACGUAACCACAGCGGCUAACCUGGAUGGGAUUAUGGACUCAAGUGGAUUCAAGGGAGGAUGUGAAACCGAUUUGCUCUACUGGAGUCUACACAUUAAUAAAAGUGAUAUUGAUGAAGCAGAGGAUAAAUAUCUCCGCAAAGAAUUUCCUUCUUCAGCGGCCAAAGCCACAGGGAAGAGGCAAGAUCCCUUCUUAUGCAAAUUUACUACAUCCCCAACUUUUAAACCGGAUUCACGUUACGGCAAUUACCAAUUUAUCUUUCCCAUUAAACGACUUCUGAACCUCUAUCAAGAGCAAUUCUGUUUUGGAAAGCAGCCCGUCAUGAGAAUUUAUGAAACUGAGAUAUUCAAAAAAGCAAUUUCAUACACUGUGGUUAUUCAUAGUCCAGACUGCAAGAUGUUUGACGAAUACCCAAUAUUUAGGGAUGGUUAUACUCGGGAAGUUUGCGAGUAUCGGAGAAAGGAAAGUACUGUCUUGUGGCGAGCCCAGGCAAUAUGUAGUGAUCAUGAAUAUGAGAUAAUCAUUGACAAAGACAAUGAAAUAAUUAGCACUAAGGAAAACACGGGACUGAAAUAUUAUGUCUAUGAUGAGGUGGCACUGGCAUUCCAUCUUCCAGCAGGCAAAAUAUUUAAAAUUGAAUAUGCCACCACACAGUCCUUGGCAGGGGGUGGGCAGAGUUCAAUGGCAUGGAGAACCAAGACGAUUGAGGACCACCCUCUGUUGCAGCCUUCAUCCACCUUCACUGCCGUUGCGACCUGGAGACAUCUUCUGCCAGUUCCAGUUGAGGUCUUUGUUGGAUCGCACUUCAUCUGGAACCUCCCCCUUGACCUGUCCACCUUGGGUGACCCAAGCUCCGGCCAGCAUAGCUCUUGGGAUCACUGGUACAUGCAAGCUUCUCCACCACAGCAAGGUGGAGAUUCAGGAGAAGUAGUAUGUUAUAUGCCAUAUAUAUGCCGUUGUAUGCCAUUAUCAUAUGUUGCCAUUUUGUCUGAACAUACAACAAAUAAAAGUUUUCCUAAAUAAUCAAAUUGUAACCAAACCUUAUGAGAACAGGUCUUAGAAAAUAAUAUUGCUCUGUUCUGACACUGAAGUAUUUAUACAAAAUAUUUGGAUCGCCUGCUCUUUAAGCCAGAAAGAAUGAUCCCAUUUAUCCAAAUUAAACUCCUUCUUGAUUUCAGUGGUGAAGGGGAAGAGGCAGGUUGUUGAAGAUCUUUCAUGCUAA